CCAGUCCAUCAUGUAAGGCAAUUAAUAUCUUCUUUAAUGGGUUUAAAUGGUCGAGUUCAUACAUGGUGGGGCAAACAAAUUCAACGCCGGCAAAUACGGACUUGUUCCCUUUAUAAUUUUUCUAUAAUUAGACUUUAACUCACCAUUUCAAUGUUACAAGUCACAACGAAGAAGAAGACAAUGGAGAGCAACGGAGAGAACGACAAGAAAGUAGAGAGACAAUCAUCAUCCUUCAGGCUUCGAAGUCCAAGCCUAAACGCUCUCCGUCUCCAACGCAUUUUCGACUUAUUCGACAAAAACGGCGACGGUUUCAUCACCGUCGACGAGCUGAACCAAGCUCUCUCCCGUCUCGGUCUCGACGCCGAUCUCUCAGUCUCCGACCUCAAAUCCACCGUCGAGUCCUACAUCCAGCCCGGAAACACCGGUCUCGACUUCGACGACUUCUCCUCCCUCCACAAGACCCUCGACGAGUCCUUCUUCGGCGGAGCAGGAGAAUGCGGCGAGUCCUCGCCGGAUUUAGCCGCCGCCGCUGAGGAGGCGGAUCUCGCGGAGGCGUUUAAGGUGUUCGACGAGAAUGGCGACGGGUUUAUCUCCGCUAGGGAGCUGCAGGCGGUUUUGAAGAAGCUCGGGUUGCCUGAAGGAAGUGAGAUGGAGAGAGUGGAGAAGAUGAUCGACUCCGUUGACCGGAACCAAGAUGGUCGCGUUGACUUUUUCGAGUUCAAGAACAUGAUGCGCACCGUUGUCGUCCCUUCUUGAUUUUCAUUAACCAAGUCAAUUUUUUUUCUUUUCAUUUUCUCAAUUGGAUUUAUCUCAUGUAAUUUUAAAUUUCAGAUAGAUUUAUCUGAAGUUCUGAAUGUAAUGAUCAGAUUCAAAUGAAAAUUUUAUUUAUACACAGAA